AUGCCGGAGCCUGCAACUGGCAAAGUUCCAGCUGAAGGCUUAGCUGGCUUCAAUCGGAUUUGCGGUUUCGUGGGAACGGCCCCGGGCGCCUCGCACCUGGCCGCCCGCAGGCCGCUGCCCGAGAUCACCGUCUUCAGCGUGGACUCCGCCGCGGAGGUGAAGCCGCAGGCCUGCGGCCCCCAGCGCUGGAAAAUGACGUCGGAUGAAGUCGGCUGCGCCGCGGCAGCCUCAGACUUCCCCAGGUUCCUCGCCUCACCCGAGUUGACGCGACGCACGGGGCUGUUCACGCUGAGGUCUCGGAGGAAAUCUCCGGACUGGGAAGGGAAAUCCCAAAGCCUGCGCGUCCUAUGCCAGGCAGAAGCGAGAGCGCCUCAAGCCACGACGGAGGCAAAGCCGGUGACCAAAGAUGUUAGGGAAGCCAAGGUUUCCAAUGCCAAGGAUGCCAACGAUGCCAAAGAUGCCAAGGAUGCCAAGCAUCGCAAGGAUGGCGAGCAUGGCAAGGAUGGCAGGGAAGUAGCCGCCAAGGUGUCCAAGGAUGAUAGGGGUGCCAAGGCGGCUGCCAAGGAUGGCAAGGCUGCCAAGGAUGGCAGGGAAGUAGCAUCCAAGGUUUCCAAGGAGGAUAGGGGUGCCAAGGCGGCUGCCAAGGAUGGCAAGGCUGCCAAGGAUGGCAAGGCUGCCAAGGAUGGCAGGGAAGUAGCAUCCAAGGUUUCCAAGGAGGAUAGCGCCAAGGCUGCCAAGGCUGAAGGCGCCACCCAUGCCGAGCACGUCAAGGUUGCAGAUGAGAGCAUGGCCACCGCGAGGACAGAAGCUGCCGAUGCCAAGGGGGCCAGGCACAAGGCCAAAGAUGCCGACGCGUCCGAUGCCAAGCCCAGGGCGGAGACGAAGAACAGCGAGGCCCGGGAAGAGCAUGAGGAGGCGCCUCACCACUGGCCGACGGAGGCCCGGAAGAGCGAGGUGAAGACCCACCACCAGGGCUCUCGGGAGUUUCGCCACAAGUGGGAGGAGGAAAUGAAGCGGGAGGCGCGGGAGGAGUUGCGAAGCUUCCAGCGGCCUCUGGUGAUGUCGGAGAAAGGGGACACGGCCACACCCAAGCCCGCUGCCUCGAGCACCGAGUCCCCGCAUGAGGUGGCGGACCGCACGAAGGUGCGCCUGGACACGCUGGCGGUGGUGCAGAGCAAGACCUUUGCGGAGCAGCUCAUCGCCCAGGAGCGCGAGGCGCUGUGCCCUCACCUCCCCAGCAAAGUGACCUUGGAGCUGCUGGCGGCGAAUACGAAGAUCGCGGAGGAGCUGACCUUCGUCUUCCGCGCCCGGCUGCGGACGGAUCCGCCGGCCGCGCUGCCCAACCAGGCGGCCGAGGUCCUGCGGACCGGCAUCGAGGUGGAGUGGAAGGAGAAUACCGCAGCCACCACCAACGACGAGCAAGCCGCGCUCGCGCGGGCGGAGGACGAGCUGCAGGAGAGGAACGCCAACAGCGAUCCCAUCUCCCGGGGCGCCAAGUUGGUGUUGCCUCUGGCGGCCUGUGACCUCAUGAACGAGACCUUCUUCCUGAUGUGCAACCGCAGCCAGAAGAUCCUGGCUGACGGCAGCUCGGCUUCCUUGAGCCAGCUGGAGCAGCGGGAGGCUGCAGGGGCGGAGCUGCAGUCAGAGGCGGCGCUGCGGCAGAUGCGCCCGGAAGCCCGCGGUCCAUUCCAAUACCGACCGGUUCUGAUUGUGACUCAAUGGAAGAUGGGCCCCUGGAUUGCAUUUGCCCUGAACAGGAUUUGUGGCCGCGCCCGCAUCAAGCGCGCCUUGUGCCUCGCGAGCCGCGGUGAGCCCGGUGAGGUGAAGGUUGCAACUGGAGGAUCCUGGAGGCCACUAGUUUGGCGCCAAAGGGGCGCCAUGUUCCGCUCGGUGAGGGCGGCGUCUGCGGCCGCGCGGCUGCUGAGUCUGAGGCAUGCUCGCAUGCCGUGCCCACCGGCCCGGCAAAGCGGCAUGCGGCGGUUCUCCGUGGAGCGGGAGUCCAUGGAGUUCGAUGUGCUCAUCGUCGGAGCCGGGCCGGCGGGGCUGGCGGCCGCCAUCCGCGCCAAGCAGCGGGCCGCGGAGCGCGGCCAGGAGAUCAAUGUCUGCGUGGUGGAGAAAGGUGCCGAGGUGGGCUCGCACAUCUUGUCGGGCAACGUCUUUGAGACACGGGCGCUCGAGGAGCUCCUGCCGGACUGGCAAAUACGGGGUGCGCCCCUCGAGACCCCGGUGACUAGCGACUCCUUCUACUGGCUGCCGAACGAGCAGCUGGCGGUGCCCUUCCCGGGGCCCCUGCUGCACCUGGCCCCCGAGCUGCGGCAGGAGGGGAACUACAUCAUCUCCCUGGGCUCGCUGUGCCGGUGGCUGGGCGAGCAGGCGGAGGAGAUGGGCGUGGACAUCUACCCGGGCUUCGCGGCCGAAGGCCCGGUGCUGGCGGAGGGGAAGCUGCGGGGGGUGCAGCUUAGGGACGUGGGGCUGGCGAAGGAUGGCCGGCAGAAGGAGACCUACGAGCCAGGUAUGCAGCUCUUGGCCAAGCAGACCAUUCUGUCUGAAGGCUGCCGGGGCUCCCUGAGCGAGCAGCUCAUGGAGCAUUUCCAGCUGCGGCAAGGCGUCUCGCCGCAGCAUUACGGGCUUGGAGUGAAGGAGGUGUGGGAGAUCCGGCCAGAGAACCACUCAGCCGGCACGGUGACCCACACAGUAGGCUGGCCCCUGGAUAUGAUGAGCUACGGCGGGGGCUUCAUCUACCACAUGAAGCCCAACCUGCUCCACAUAGGUCUGGUGGUCGGCCUGGACUACUCGAAUCCCUACCUGACUCCUUACCAGGAGUUCCAGCGCUUCAAGCGCCACCCCCGGAUCCAAGCGCUCCUGGAGGGCGGGAGCUGCGUGUCCUACGGCGCCCGGUGCUUGAACGAGGGCGGGCUCCAAGCGAUCCCUAAGCUCACCUUCCCGGGCGGAAUGCUCGCAGGCUGCAGCGCCGGGUUUCUGAAUGUGCCGAAGAUCAAGGGCAGCCACACGGCCAUGAAGACCGGCAUGCUGGCCGGCGAGUGUGCCACCGACGCGGUGCUCGAUGGCGCCGGCGACGGCUCGGAGGUGUCGCGGUACGAGGAGGAGGUCCGGGGCAGCUGGGUCUGGGAGGAGCUGACGCGGGUGCGGAACUUCAAACCGGCCUGGCACUUGGGGAUGAUCCCGGGCCUGGGCUAUGGGUCUGUGUCCCUGAUGCUCAGCCGCGGCAAGGAGCCGUGGACCUUCAGAUGGUCCAAGAAGGAUAGUGAGUACACCAAGCCGGCGGCGGCACCUCGGAUGAAACUGUGGGAGCUGGCCACGAUGAGUCGGCCAACAAAUCUGCCCCCUCUGGACAAGGCCCUAUUUGGAUUACCGCGGCCACGCCAGAACGCCAUUGCCAACGCUUCCGUCUUCCUGCCAAUGCACUGGACCCUGGCGUGGGCCAAGCCUCGGGAUGGGGACCCCGAGGAGGAGGCCGUGGCAGAGCUUGCGAAGGUGAUGGCGGGCGAAGGAGGGGCUGCGGAGCUGGCCGUGUCGCACCUCGUCCACACGGCGGAGGUCUGCUUCGCCGUAGUGGACACGUCCACGGUGACGCUGCCCUACACAAGGCGCGGGGUGAGCAGCUUUGUGAUUGCACUGCUCAGCCCGGGGGGUGAGGAGGCCGUGAGGCAGUGGCCCAAGCAGGCGCAGCGUGAGGAGGCCUUCAUCUCGGGCACCACUGGCGGUCCAGAAGUGGUGGUGGAGGUGCAGUGGAAGGGACGAUGCCAACUGAAGCUCGCAAGCAACCGGGCUGCUGCCGGCCCCAGUGAUGCGGAUGCUUUCCACGGCGCGCACUUCAGCUUGCAGGUGAACCCGCGUCCGAGCCGGCAGACCGAGCCCAGCGGGUCUCUUACCUUCACCUUCGCAAGCGAUGCCGAGUGCAGGCAAGUGGCGGCUCUCCUUGCGGAGAGCAUCAAGGCGCAUCGGGCCGGACCGGAGGAUCUGAGGUUGAAGGCCAGGAUCCAGGCGCCGGGCAAGCCAGGACACGUGUACCUGAAGUGGGGUGCCACAAGUAGCAUCGGAGCCGAUGGGUUGGCGGACAUCAUCAGUAAACGGCUUGAGGAGCUCAAGGAAUGCCAAAAGAUCGAGUACCCCAAGCCGGACGGGGUCUACUCCUUCGAUCUGCUGGAGAACCUCGCCCGGAGUGGGGUGAAUCACGAGCAUGACCAGCCGGCCCAUUUGAGGGUGAAGGAGGAGAGGCAGUCGGCGCCCCUGGAGGUGUCGCUGCCCACCUACGACGGCCCCGAGGGCCGCUUCUGCCCCGCCAAGGUCUACGAGUAUGUGCCGGACGAGGACAAGGGAGGCAUGAAGCUGCAGAUCAAUGCGCAGAACUGCGUGCACUGCAAGUGUUGCUCCAUCAAGACCCCGCAGGAGGGACAAGUUGGCUCCUGGGGACCGUGUACGGCCAUGUUCGGUCGUGUCUUGUUUUUAGGGGACACCCCUCCAAAAAAAGACAGUCGUGUUCAUACUGUAUUCGUUUCCAGUUGCCCCUUCGGCCUCCCUUGUUUCGGGGGCGCACGCAACGGUUUCUUUCGAAGGUGCCUUUCGUGCCGCCUUUCUUGCUUGUGCUCAGGGAGCUGA